ACGUCGCCACUCAAACGUCCUCACCUGGCAGCUGAAGGACAACCUACCGAAAAACAUAAAGGGAGGUUCUGCAGCAACCUUAUCCCGAUCAGUGGCCGUUUCACAGAAGCAUGCUGAUCUCCCACUACAACUGAUCCUCGAGCUCUUGCACUUCCAAAUUCACAACCUCAAGGCAAACCACGCAUUCUCAAAACCAAAUCUCAUCGCCCUUCGCACAGUCCCCAUCUCGCAACAUUCAAUCACAAUGGCUCCCAUCCCAGUUUACACCAACAGCCCCAUUAACGCCGCCAAAGCCUCAGCCGUCGCCCUUCAGACAGCCGCCGAAGACAAGCCCGCAGCCGACGGUAGCAGCACUCCGGCAUACAUAACAGCACCGCUAAACCAUCCCCAAGCUAGCUGGACACCCACCCCAACCCGCACAAUCCCCUUCCAACAAGGGCCCGCUGCCCCACAACCAGGCGCCAUCCCCCGUCUGCCGGAAGCCACAACAACAACGUCAUCCUCCUCAUCACUCCCACCACCACCACCUCAAGCAGGCGCAGGACCUGGUGCAACAGGCCCAGCGGCGCCAGCUCCCACCGCACCGCCCCUCGCCAACCCGCACAUCCCCGGCAUGACCUACCCACCGCAGAUGGCCAUCCCGCCGCCGCAAGGCCCUGGAUACGGCCAGCAGGGAACGUCGACUGCCACGGCACCGCCGGUGACGGGUCCGAGUUCUGUCGAGGGCCCGGGUGGGUACAGGCAGAUCACGUCUGGGUUUACGACGCGGUAUGAUUCGGGGUCGAGGGGGUAUGGUGAUCAUAACGAGGAGGAGGGGGACGGGGCGGGGGGUUUCCUACAGUCGGCGGUGAAGUUGGCCAAGGCGGCGGGGGAGAAGCUAUCGGCUGCUGAGAGCGAGGUGUGGAGAAGGAUUAACGAGGGGACGAGUUAAGGAGAUGGAGGAUUAUCUUUCGGACGGAUCAAGGAGCAGUCAAGGGAUGUGGUUCUUCUGAGUGUACUUGUCGGUGAUGGUCAGUGGCUUGGGGAACAGUCCGUGAUUCGAUCUACGGUCUGGCGACUUGAACCACGGAGGAGCGUUGGCUUUAGACGGUGAAUUCGACUGGGUUGGUUGGAUUAGUGAUGGGAUGGAUCAUAUAGUUGUUUUAAGAAUUGAGGCUUGGCCCCUGUUACACGUACUGACUGUGGUAGCAGUACGCUUGUCAUGUAGUUAGUCGUUAUUGUAGUCUUGUCAAGUCUACCUCUGUGACAGGCUGCCUGGGAGAGGAAGCUGGCAAGAUUGUCCGCUAAUAAAGCUUCCUUCGGACGUGGUCGAGCAUUGGACGCCUAUCGAUACCUUCGCAGUGGUUUGCGAGGCUCUGCUCUUUCACAGCUGUUUUA